CCCGCCGCGCACGCGCACUCCGCCUCGGCCCGGUGCUCCGGCCCAUCCGGGUGGUCGCGGGCGUGACCGGUACAGCCGGACUGUCCGAGCCACCGCGGGGCCAGGGGCUACUGGGGUCCGCGACGGCUGGAGACCAAGGAGAACCUGACCCGAACCCACGAGCUCAGGGGGAUCCCUCCACGGCCUUCGGAGCUGGCGCUGGGAGGCGAGGCAUUGGUGUGCGGUGUGCGCGUGCGCGGGUGGGUGUGCGCGCGGGUGUGCUUGUCGCUGUGUCUCUGGACGUUCGUGACUCCCACGGCGGUGUGCAUGUGCUGACUAGACCCACCGGUGAGGGUGGCCAGAGCAGGGGUCACAAGCUGAGGGACGUGGACAGGACCCGAUGCUCCCAAGACCACAAGAUCCCAUCGCGGACACGUGAAGACGGGCAGUAGUAUCUCAGGAGGCGGGGAUGGAAGGACUCUUGCUCGAGGGCGCCCCCCAGGGCUCCGAGGCGGGAGAAACCUGGCAACCAGAGGGUCAGGUCAGGGAGAGCUGCCUGAAGCAACAGGCCGUGGCCCACGGGGAAGAGCCCACCGGGCGAGCUGUGCGGGCACAGGAUGAGCUCAGCGGGAUUCCGGGAACCGGCUCGAGCCCUCCCGGUCCCCAAACCCCCCAAACCGACAGCGGGCCCCAGAGGCGCGGGGCGCCGAGGAAGAACCGGAAGCAGAAGCAGGCCGAGUCCAGGGCGCAGGAGCGCGGGGGCGGCCCGGGGAAGCCGUGGAAGUGUGGGGACUGCGGCAAGGCCUUCAGCUACUGCUCGGCGUUCACCCUGCACCAAAGAACGCACACCGGGGAGCGGCCGUUCGCGUGCGCCGAGUGCGGCAAGGCCUUCAGCCAGAGCGUGCACCUGACGCUGCACCUGCGCACGCACACGGGCGAGCGGCCCUACGCGUGCCCCGAGUGCGGCAAGGCCUUCAGCCAGGGCUCCUACCUGGCGUCGCACUGGCGCACGCACACGGGCGAGCGGCCGCACCGCUGCGCCGACUGCGGCAAGGCCUUCGCGCGCCCCACGCACCUGGCCCAGCACCGGCGCGUGCACACGGGCGAGCGGCCGUUCGCGUGCGGCCAGUGCGCCAAGGCCUUCCGCAACCGCUCGUCCCUGCUGGAGCACCAGCGCAUCCACACGGGCGAGAAGCCGUUCGCGUGCGCGCAGUGCGCCAAGGCCUUCCGCUUCUCGUCGGCGCUCAUCCGCCACCAGCGCACGCACACGGCCGAGCGGCCCUACGCCUGCGGCCAGUGCGCCAAGGCCUUCUCGCAGACCGCGCACCUGACGCAGCACCGGCGCGUGCACACGGGCGAGAAGCCGUACGCCUGCCCCGACUGCGGCGCGCCCUUCAGCCAGAGCGCCUCGCUGGCCGAGCACCGGCGCAUCCACACGGGCGAGAAGCCGUACGCGUGCGCGCAGUGCGCCAAGGCCUUCACGCAGGUGUCGCACCUGAGCCAGCACCAGCGCGUGCACACGGGCGAGCGGCCCUACGCGUGCCCGGACUGCGGCCGCGCCUUCAGCAACCGCUCGCACCUGCGGCAGCACCAGCUGGCACACACGGGCGCCAAGCCCUACAGGUGCCUGCAGUGCGGCGUGGCCUUCAGCCACGUGUCCUCCCUCAUCGAGCACCAGAAGGUCCACACGGGCGAGAGGCCCUACCGCUGCGCGCAGUGCGGCAAGGCCUUCAGCCAGGGCUCCUCGCUCACGCUGCACCAGCGCACGCACACGGGCGAGCGGCCGUACGCGUGCCCCGAGUGCGGCAAGGCCUUCGGCAACCGCUCCUACCUGAUCCAGCACCACAUCGUGCACACCGGGGAGAAGCCCUUCGAGUGCGGCGGCUGCGGCAAGGCCUUCAGCUUCUCCUCCGCGCUCAUCCGCCACCAGCGCACGCACGCCAGGAAGCCCUGCUCGGGCGGCCGGUGCGGCGACACCGUCGCGCAGCUGCCGGCCCUAGCGCGACACCUGAGCUGCCCCCGGGAGGAGACGCGGGAUGGCGGCGGGGAGGUGGCGGACCCGGCGGCCGGCGGGCGGGCGGACCGCAGCUGACGUGCCGCGCGCGCCCCUGCUAGCCCGGCGGCGCGCCCGCGCGCGUUCACGGCGCACUUCCGGCUCAGGGGCGCGCCGCCCCGCUCCCUGGGCCGCCCGCCUUCGGAGAGGCGCAGGGACCCGCCCGAGGUCACACCCGGAGGGAGUCCCCGGGCGGGACUCGACCCCGCGUCUGGCAGACUGCUCCCCCCGCCACACCCCCCGCGGCCUUCUGGUUCAGAGUGAGGAGUGUGACCCGAGACAGGAGACCCAAAGAAGUGUCCGUGCGUCCCUAGCGAGCCUUUAGUUGAAGGUUUUGUGACCGAGUCGGCAUUUGUUCAAUAAAUUUAGCUGCGUAAAAGGUUCAGCUCCUUUGGGGAAGUGGGCGUGUUAACGAGGACAGACGCGUCCGCCAACAGCGCUGCCCAGGUGAGGACGGGCCGGAGGACAGGUUCUAGAAGAGGCCUCUCCCUUGACAGGCCCGAGGGAGUGGACGCCGGCCUUUUCCAGCGCGAGGACGCACUCUCCCCUGCUCCAGCUUUCUCUGCCCCCAGCUCACAACCCUCCCCGCAGGGACGCGUCGGUUAGCAGUUGCUGUGUGACAAUCCUCCCGAGUGCACUUGUCCCUUUAAUGCUGUCCAUGGGGGGUGUUUCCCUUGGUCUGGACCAGGCUCAGUUGACCCUGGCUGGACUCACUGACACAUCUGUGGUCAGCAGACGGUUGGAUGGGGGCUGGCUGUCCAGGGCUGCUGCGCUGGGCCAACGUCCGCUGUCUUCCUCAGGAGGCACAUCUGACCUGGCUUCGUGCUCCCAGCACUAGCAGGAAUUUGGGAGAGUGGGCCCACACAAGCACCGCUUUCUGCCUCUGAUUAUGUCGAGUUUGCCUCCAGACCUAUCAGCCAAAGUGAGCAUCAUAGCCAACCCUGAGGGCAGUGUAGGAAGGGCCUCCCCAACGGUGUGAUGAGACAGAAGACAGGAGUCACCUACUAUCUCCACGAGGUAAUUUAUGGCCGUACACAUGAUCUCUACAAAAUUACACUGUGGGUAACACAUUUCUUGGGUCCACAAUUAGCAAAUUAAAAAAAAAAAAUCCUACCCCAUCUUCCUCCAUCCCCUCUAUCCAACAAGUCCCCCCUUCCCUAGAAGCAACCAUUCUUGAGUUUUCUGGUAUCUUUCCAGCAUCUUCUACGCAUAUAGAAACAAAUGUUUAUGUGGAUAUUUGUAAAAAGAUGCACAGCACACCUUUCUGUACAGCAGCACACGGCACACAGCUUCCCACCUCUUAUUAUUUUAUAUCUGGAAGCGCCUUGUACCAU